GUUCGAAUUUUUCAGGCUGAAAGCGGAUAAAAUGAAACGGUUUCUGUCAAAAUGGCAUUCUGUGAGACCAAACUUCUUAGAUACACUUCGAGAAAAUGGUGUAAACACAGGUUGGUCUCCCUGUCCAUGAAUUUGAUCAAAACAAGUAGCAGUCAUGCAGUGUCGACUUCAAAUCAGGUCCACGGGAAGAAAGAAUUUAAACCUGUUGUUUUUACCUGUUGAUCACCCUGUUUUCCUUGUUUCGAAACACUAAUUGUCCUAUCACCAAAGAAAUUUUUAUUUCUUCAAUUUCAAUGGCUGGAGAUUGUUUUUCCAAAUUUUUUAAGGCUGCUCAAAUGUUUGUUUGUCAAGAAAGCUGUUUAAAUUUAAGAGAAAACUGUUGUGGCCUAUAACUUUUACUCUGACAAUUUUUAUUAAAAGAAAUAGGAAAUCUCCAACUAGGAGUAAUCACACCAGACACAUAAUUUCUGAUCUAAUCAGCUGUGGAUGGAAUUCCAAUAUAAACUAGUUCAACUUACUAAAAACAACUGUUUUACCCACUUUUUUCCAGUGGCUGAAUUUAUGUGUUGUGACAUUGAGAGACUAGCUCAGAGAGUCUCAGUUUCAACAGAGGUAAGCCAUUGUUUAUUUCUAGAAUGGAUUCAGUCAAAUUUGUACCAGGGAGCAACUGAACCAGUUGAACACAAAUCUCCUUGAUUUAUUUUUGUGCCUGUCCUUGCAGAUAUGCAUCUGAUUGGUAAGAAAAUAAUUCAGUGAUCUGCUGUGUCGAAGUACAUGUGACUCAAAAUCUUUUCUUGUUAAUUUUGAGCUGUUAUAUCUCUUUAAAGCUGUUACAAGAUUGAAAUAUACAACUGUACAAAAGAUGUCUUGAUAGUACCCUUCUGCUUUUGCAAUGCAUGCUUGUUUGGAUUGAAUUUGUUUCUGGCCUUCAUGCAGCUGUUAUUGCAAUCAUUUUUUAAAUAUCUGUGUUUUUGUGUGUAGGAUCUGUCAUCCCUUCAAGCCACAAUCACCACUCAAACAGCUGCAUUCACAAUGAAUGGCAGUGAUUUAUAUGAGGAAAUGAUGUCAAGAUUUCACAUCCUUUCAACUGGUAAUCAGCCUAAAUAUGGUUUUCUUGUAAAUAUAAUAAUUUCUUGUAGUUCCUUUAGGCACGUCAAAGGCAAAGUUUCAUAACUUUUUUACAUUAUAUUACCUAUAACUAUUAUUUUUCCUUAGCGUACCAUGUUGGUACAGUGAAAAUUAUGUUGAGUGUCUAAUUUGUUACUUUACUAUUUAUAAUUUGAACAUAAAGUAAGCUAAUUACUUAUCAUCCAUUUUUCUUGCUUCAUCUUUCCACAGGUUUUGAUAAGUAAGUAUAUCUCUAUUUUUAAAAAAUAUUGGUUUAUUGACACAAAUAAAGAAGAAAAAGAGAGAGGACCAUGUAUUUAUGAACAAAAAUAAGUAAGCAAGUCAAACAAUAUGCACAUUUUUUGUGAAAAUAUGAUUUAGUAAGAAAUUUUCACCUCAGGUAGUUAUACAGAGAUCUGUCAUCCAGGUAAGUACAAAGUCUAUUAUGUCUAGUUACUUGGUUACAAUCACAUUAAUUGUUGUUCUAUUUCAGUUUAGAUGAGCUCCUUGAUGGAGGUCUGUACACAGGAGAACUGACAGAAAUUGUUGGAGCUGCUGGUGUUGGCAAGUCUCAGGUAAUGUUCAACACAGAACCUGAUACCUGUCCUUAAACAGAAAAGGGUGUUGUUCACAUUUACAAUUAUACAGUCAUAUAGCUGUCAAAAAAAAUUCAAAUUAUGAUAAUUAUUGUAUUGAAGAGGAAUAUUACAUCUAUCUGAGUUAAAGUCACAGCAGGAUCCAUGGUAAGUUUGUGACCUGCACUUUGUCAUGAAGUAUUUUUUGAUUUACAGAUUAGUACAAAUUAAACAAUCUGACAUGUCCAAAGUUGUAAGCAAAACGCCAUGAUAAUUGUGAAUAAAAUUCCCUGAAAAACCCUGUCAGCUGAUCAACAGAUAACUGUUGGCCAGCAUGGGUGAAAGUGACUGAAGUCGUCAGAGUAAAUUCAAUAAUUGAAAGCACAAUUUAUAUGAAGAGCAGUCAAAGUGUUUAGUAUUUUAGAUGUUAAUUCAUGGGUAUUUAUUGCUAUAAAAUGCUAUUAAAACUUAGGCCAACUGAUAACCUGUUGGUAGCCCUGUCAGGCACAGCCUGCCAAAAACCUAGGUUUCUGAUCCUUUUUAUUAACCUGAAGACAGGAAUUAUUCGCUGAAGUGCAGGAAGUAUUUGAGGCAGGAGAACAUGGUAUGGGAACUAAGUGGCUGUGACCCCCUGUUUCCCCACCACCACCACCCCCCCCCCCCCAUUAAUUCUGAAAGAGCUAUGUCAUACUAAUUUUUUUAAUUCAAUGGCAGCCUUAAUGUCUUAACCUGUGUAGUUAUUGUUUUUGCCAGAUUUGUAUGAGCAUUGCCCUGUUUACAGCCAUGGAAACAAAGAAGAAUGUUCUGUAUAUUGAUACAGGAGGAUCAUUCAGUGCCACAAGGGUUAAAGACAUGUUAGAACUGAGGCAUAAUUCCCUAACAAGUGAGGACCUCAAUAAUGUACUGUCCAGAAUAUCAGUGAUUCAAGCAUAUGAUGUAUUCUCAGUAAUUGAAGCUCUUGAAAGAGUGAGAGACAGGAUAUGUAAACAGGUAAUUACAUUGUUCCUAUUUGAAUGCAUUUGUGCCAGGUAUCUUACUUAUUGUGUAGCCUUAUUACCAAAGUGAGAGUAAAUGACUGUAACUGAAAUUUGGACAAAUUGAGCAGAAGUUGCCAUCGGAGUUUGUGAAGAAUUGUUUGUCAGUCAAGCACUCUAAGUUUAGUUCUUAAAAAGAAUUUGUUUGCUUUCAUAAACUUGUUGCGAGUCGUGGAAGAAAAGUCACAAUCAAGGUGGUAAUUUUCUAAUUAAAAAAGAAACUGUAGUGCUGCAUCAAUGGGUGCAUAACAAUAACAUUUGUUUUCAUUGACUGCAGAGUUGAUAAAUAAAUAAAAAUUGGCCCAGACCAUCAAGAGUUAAUAAAGCUGACAUUUUAAGUAUUAGCCCUUUCUCAGAGCACAUGACAAAAGGCUAACACUCAAAACAUGUGCUUUAAAAGCUCUUUUCAUCAACAAAUUUACAUUUUCAACCUAGCUGAUCCAAUAAAAUUAUCAUCAUGAACAAAAGUUAGUUUUGCUGUUAUGCUACUGCCUGGAAAAGUUAUGCUUCAGUCCAACCUGAUUGAUCAGUUUUAAUUCAUGGGUAACACCUCCCCAUUUAAAUGUGUACUUCACCAUUUUAAUGUGUACUUGAAAUUUUAGGUAUCUUAGUUCCUGAAUGAACCAAUCAGAUCUCAAAUACAUUUUUAAUUAGUUCUUUGGGAUAUAAGUUACUGUGUCCACCAAUCAGAUUUGGUUUGUAAUGUGAAACUUACUCUUCAGCAACUUAGUUCCUCAACAAACCAAUGACAUGGAAGAAUAUAGGUCAGGUCAUUUCUAAAUUAAGGUUUGCCUGUUUUAUUUCUGUCAACAACAAAUAAAACAGACAACAAUAGAUGGGGCAUUUCUGCUUUAAGAGCAGUAAUGUUUCACCAUAAAUUGGAUGCUAUCUGUACUAAAUUAUUCUUCUUCGAGGUUGUAUUAUUUUUAUUAGCGCUAGACGCGUAGAAGCUUUUUGUAAAGUUUUGUCACUGUUGUAAUUUUGUGGUUAAAAAAAUCAGUUACAUUCAGUUUAUUUCACCUUAGAAAUAUAUCGAAUACUCUGUGGUUAACACAGCAAUGGAAACGCAACCGAUUGCUUACAAUUCCACAGAAAUCGUUGACAGAAAUCGUUGACAGAAAUUGCCACUACGGUUUUGCCGCGCAUUUUAUCAGCGCCCGAAUACUAAGAAAGCGAUCAAAUGACCAUUAGCCUUUGUAAAGACUGUGAAUUCAUUUCCGGUGAACGUGCAAAUAAUCGUGUCCGCGUGAUAAAAAAGAAAAAAAUAUCGCAACCUCUUUAUGCUCGUAAACGUUCUUAAAAGCAAGAAAAUUUGACAAGCUUUCCUGUCAAGAAUUUGAUAAUGACAUUACAGUAAUCGUGACACCGUAACACUUAUUAGAAGGCAAGCAAGGACUUGACCUGUAGACGCACGAGAAACUUAUCAUCUUACUUUUCCGCCCUGUUUUGCUACAGGCAACGAUUGCGUUACAAUUUUGGAUUUUUGCACUGAAUGUAUGCUAAGUUUAAGGCAAUCAUGCUACUGAAUUUAACCCAACUUAUUACUACUGUAUUUACGAGGAGAAUUAAUCAAAUCUGUUUAACAAAUUCCACAUACAAAUGCUAUCAUAAUAAAAAAUUAUCUUAUGUGUUAUAACAAUCCAAUGAAAGUAACUUACCGGACUUGAACGUCUUUUAAAUCGCGAAAUUUGCCAUUCUCCAUUCAGUUUCCAUGCUGAGAAAUUCAACUUUUCCAAAUUCUAAGAAGAAAUUACAUUGUUACGAAUGUAGUUUUCGCUUCCAUCUCGCAUACGAUGUCUCAACUCGAAUUUACUCAUUUCGCGCCAUAAUGUAAUUUUGGCGGGGAAUAGACAAAUAAAUGCUGUUUGUCUCUGUGUUGUGUAAAAGUUCAUUCCCAACAGAUCAAGCCUUGUUUUGAAAUACUUAGAACGCAUUCAACGUUCAAGCAAGCGAUCUAAUGAAAUUGAUUUGACAGAAGAGAACAUGGCUCGUUAGCCGACGCACUAGAGUACGAUCUUGGAGGAGUUAUCGAUCGAACGCGAUUUAUUUCACGGGAAUUCCUAUUGUGACCACAGCUGUAUUGUUUUCCUAAACCGCUAGCUGAUUGGCCAAACCAGUAGCUAAUUUCGUGGCUACACGAGCCACAAACUACCACGAAGAAUAUUGAUCAGCCAAACACCAUGAAGUUUAUUUCAACAUAGUAUUACACGAGCCUAGUACAGCACCUUUUGUCAUGCAACAGGAUAUCCGUAGUUAAUCGAGCCCACCGUGCCUUCUUGAGUUUUUAAUUUUAGAUUAGUGCAAAUGAAAGCGUAUUCCUUUCUUGAGUAGUAAGCUUUUUAAAAACUUCGAGGAAAAUGAGACCUAUUAAAUCGAGAACUCGUUGUAGUAUAAUUCAAGUUGUUGCUAAUGUUUAGCUGGCAACUUUCUGUUGAUUCGCAUUUCGUUCAUCCUUGAAAAUGUCAUCUACUUCUUAGCGCCUAAAUAAUACAACACUCAGUUGUCCUCUUUCGCAAUGCUUUUCAUACCUUUCGUGUCUGCAUGUAGUCGCUGAUACGAUGCGUACUAGGCUCAGCGAAAUGUCAACAUUUUCAAGAUAUCUUAACAACCGUCUAAAGAAUCCUUGUUACUGUAUAUGUUAUCAGUAUGAAACUUUGCUUCCGAGUCGCGGAUCGUCUUCGAACAGCUUGAAGCUUACAGCGUUUGAGUCGGUGACUCGUUAUAUUAUAAAUAAUGUCACAUUAUACUCGAUCGUCCUCUUUCGAAUAUGUGGUCGAUAAAAUAGGUUGCAUUAAGUUGACUGAAAAGCCAUCUUCUUCAACACGUCUGAACAAACUUCAAAGGACUCAGUUUAAUUCUUUGUUUUAUCAGUACAAGAUGUUGCCUUUUGGGUUGAUGACCGUCUUCAAACAGCUCGAAGCGUGCCGAGUUUGAGUUAGUUAAAAAUUAUACAUCGAUAAUAUCAUAUUGUUCUCAAUUGCCCUCGAAGUUUACUCGGGCGGAGUUAGUGAAGCGUGACCAUGACAGUCAUAUAACAGUUAGUUGUCCACUUUCGCAACGCAUCUUCUGUGGUCACGAAAAAAAUCUGCUCAGCGAAAUUUCAACAUUUUCAAGAUGUCUUUACAACUGUCUAAAGAAUCCUCUUUAAUCUUCAUUUUGAUAGUGUGCCUCUUUGCUUCUGAGUAGAAGAUUGCCUUCAAACAGCUCAAAGCUUACAGUGUUUGAGUUAGUGAAUCAUUACAUCAUUAGUAAUGUCACAUUACAAUCCGAUUGUCCUCUUUCGGGUCUGUGGUCAAUAAAAUGGUUUGCAUUUAGCUGAUCGAAAUGAUUCAGUCUAUUUCUAUAUUUCACAAGUCGGCAAUGUUGCCUCCAGGUUAAUAAUCGUCUUCAAACAGCUCGAAGCGUACAGGGUUUGAGUCAGAUGAUAAUUAUACAUCGAUAAUGUCAUGCUGUUCUCAUUUGUCCUCUUUUUUGCAAUGCUUUGCGAAUCUGUGGUCGAUACAAAAAUUUCCAUUAAGGUUAUCGAAACGCAACAUACUUUAAGAUCUCUUAACAAACGUCGAAUGAUUCAGUUUGAUUCUUCAUUUCAACAAUGGGCAAUGUUGCCUCUUAUUGCCGGUGUCACAGCGGAUUUGGACCCCCCCGCGGAUUUGUACCCCCGGUCCAUAUCUGCUAGCGGAUUUGGACCCCCCCGGUCCAAAUCCGCUAGCGGAUAUGGACCCCCCUUCGCAGAUUUGGACCCCCCUACCAAACUUUCCUUUUAAGCAUCCUUUGUAUCAUAUUUGGUAACUAAUUCUAUUUGCAAGCUUUUUGUCGAUGUUCUUUUCAAUCGCAACACAACAUUCCUCAAUAAAGGUAAAAAAAAAAACAGUCAUUUCGUUCCAAUUCUACCGCAUUAUUUUAGCGAGUCGUACAGUAAACGUAAGAAUCAGAUGUGAACAAACUACUGCAUUCGAACUAUUGAAAUUGUUACGAUAAAUCCUUGCUUCUUCUGAUGCGAAUCAACAUUGAUACGAAACGUCAUAACAAUAGUGGAGACUAUUGCGUCCAGUCAGAAAAAUAACUCAGUCUGAUUUUCUAAAAUAAUAACAAUAAACAGUUUCUGAACAAGAACGAAGAAACUACUCCUACUACAAGUCGUUCGUAAAGCCUAUGAUAAGUAAAAAUGUUUCUAUUCUGAACUAUUGGAACUCUCAGCUUAUUUUCAGAUGCAAAUCAACAUUAAUCAACAUUAAUGUCAACGUCUUAACAAAAAUGGAGACUAUUACAUCGAACUCAAUCUUAUUUUCUAAUUUUAAUGAUUAUUAACUGUUGAGGGAUCCAAAAUAACACCUUAACAAUUACGAAGACGUCAGAGUCUGGCGAUCUGCAGACAAUGCAGAGUCACUCGCCCUCCGGGGUAGUCUUAAACAUGUGAAACCAUUCCUCGCACAACUCGCACAGAACCAUGUCGUCCCAACACUCGGGCAUUGAAUAAUGACAAAAUAAAUUAGUGUCACAAGUUUGUCUCCUAUUGAAUCUAGUGGUGUUCGACUAUCGCGGAAAAGGUUCAAAAACGACCUCUCUCCAGACAUCAAAUUAACUCUUGUGCAUUUUCCCUUGGUCAAAAGAAACAUCCGACGGGAUGCCAGUUCGUAUGCAUUAACGAUACGCAUGUUUUGAAUGAAAAACAUACUUUAGUACGCACUGGAACGUAAAGUAUCAUCCAUUUUACUAGAACGUUGAGGACGAUGUUUUCACUCAGUUUUGUUGGGGGUCCAAAUCCGCGGAGGGGGUCCAAAUCUGCUAGCGUAUUUGGACCGGGGGGGUCCAUAUCCGCUAGCGGAUUUGGACCGGGGGGUCCGUAUCUGCUAGCGGAUUUGGACCGGGGGGUCCAAAUCUAGGGGGGUCCAAAUCCGCUGGGACACCGGUCCUCUCAAGGAGCUCGAAGCCGUUACAUGGCUUGAGUUAAUAAAUCACAACAUCCUCGCUAAUUUCAUAUUACACUCAGUUGUCCUCUUUCUCAACGCUUUACGAAGCUUUGUCGAUUAAAUAAUUGGCAUUUAGUUCAUCAAAAUAUAACGCACGUCACAAACGUCCUAAGUAUCAUCUAACUCUUCCGUUGGUAUACACUUUUCCAACUGAGUUACGGGUCGCUCUUUAGGAGUUCGAACCAUCUUCCUUCAUUUUACUGGAUUUUUUGUUGUCAAAAGAGACUUUGGACCGAGCUUGCCUGCCCCAUUUUUACGGUCCGAAGGGUUUUUGUCUAGUUUUGUGUUCAUUUGUUUUUGUGUGUGUGUGUGUGUGUGGGGAUGUAUUUGAUUGUUUGCUUUUUCAAAUAAAACGAGCAAGUUCUUUAAGAAACUGUGGUGCUGGGGUGGGGUGGGGGGGUUUAAUAAGAAAGUUUGAUUUUAUCAACUGAGUUGAUAAUGUAACUACUUGGUUACCGUUUCUAAGACUAUUUUCUAAAGCUGACGUCUCGAGGUGAAGCCGUUCGUCAGUCUUCAUGGUCGUCAAGGAUUUUUUCCACCCCAGUUAUGUCCGAAAAAAAAAAAUCUUUUGACGGGGUAUUUAAGCAAAAUGGGUAAAAGUUUCCCAUGCGAGCGAAUCACCAUUUCGCCAAAGUGUAUCUUUAGUGUGAGGUACUUAACCAGGGUAAUUCAUUUUGCUGUCGUUCGUUUCGAAUGCGUAAGCCGCACAACAAGGAGUCAUUUUUGGAGAUAUGGAAAUUUUCCCAUACGGAUGGGUUGUUUCUCUUUUAAGAUGACGUCUUAAAGUUUGCGAAACAACUCUUUCUUUAGUUCGUUGCUGUUUUUGGCAAAAGACAGAUACCAGUUGUUUGAGGGAGAUUACGCCGUUCCUCAUGAUUUAUGCGCACCUUUAUGGUCGAUGACGUGUAUUCUCAUUAUUAAACUACUGAAGCCUACCACUGACGCUUAUGGUACAGGCUGUAAAGUCAGUUAAUUCACUACCAGGUGAUCAUUCGAGUUUUUCGAAGGUGCGGAAGCCUAUUUGAAUAUCCAUUUAGUUGUACCGAUUUACCUUUCUGUAAGAUCAUGUCUAAUUAAGAAAUUUUACGUUCCAUUUUUGGCAUCUACGGGUACUGCAACACCAUCUGAAAGUCUGCCACGCCAUCAAGUCCCACAGUUCUGGCCUUUGGUAGAUGUUGUCGGGGUGUAAUGUACAUUCGGCCCUAACAUCUUCAAUUGCAACUUCUGCAAUAAGGGUCUAAAAGUGAAGAGUCCGUGAGGCCUGCGCGAUAUCAUGAUGGGUUAGGGUUAGGGUGAUAAGCUUAGGGAUAGGGUUAGGGUGAUAUGGUUAGGAUUAGGAUCAUGAUACCACGAUGUUCGCUUUUGCUUUUUUGUAAAAUGUGUGCGAUGUUGUAAGAUCCACUUCUAGUUUCAUUUUUUUUUUUAAGAUAGAAACUUUAACGAAUCUAACCUAUCGUGUAGGUGACUUAUCCGCUCUCCGUAGGAAAUGGCGGCUCGGAAUGUAGAACGUAGGCCUACGGGCCUAUCGGCUGGCCUCUCCGCUGGCCACAAAGGGAAUCAAAUACAGCUGAUUCUUGUUCACGUGGGGAAUAAAAAGUAACAGAAACCGAGUUUCUUGUGCAAAAAGCGCAUUGUAGAGUGAGCCAAAUAUAUAGCAAGUCUCAAGGGGUGGAUAAAGAAAGUAAAGAAAUUAGUAUGUUAAUCAGUUGGGGUAUGACAUCAUGGUAUAGACAAAACUGUCUUUGGCCCGACAUGAUUAAGAUACUAAUUUCUUUCAAAGAACAAGAAUCAGCUGUAUUUGAUUCCCUUCAUGGCUAGUGGCACAGCCAGCCGAAAGGCCCGUAGGCCUACGUUCUACAUUCCGAGCCGCCGUUUUCUACGGGGAUCAGAUAAGUCACCUACGCGAUAGAUUGGGUUCGUUAAAAUUGCUAUCCUAAAAAUAAUGAAACUAGAAGUGGAUCUUACAACAUCGCACACAUUUCACAAAACAACAAAAGCAAACAUCAUGGAAUUAUGAUCCUAAUCCUAACCAUAUCACCCUAACCCUAUCCCUAAGCUUAUCACCCUAACCCUAACCAUAUCACUUUAAACCUAACCCAUCAUGAUAUCGCGUAGGCCUCACGGACUCUUCACUUUUAGACCCUUAUUGCAGAAGUUACAAUUGAAGAUGUUAGGGCCGAAUGUACAUUACACCCCGACAACAUCUACCAAAGGCCAGAACUGUGGGACUUGAUGGCGUGGCAGACUUUCAGAUGGUGUUGCAGUACCCGUAGAUGCCAAAAAUGGAACGUAAAAUUUAGACAUGAUCUUACAGAAAGGUAAAUCGGUACAACUAAAUGGAUAUUCAAAUAGGCUUCCGCACCUUCGAAAAACUCGAAUGAUCACCUGGUAGUGAAUUAACUGACUUUACAGCCUGUACCAUAAGCGUCAGUGGUAGGCUUCAGUAGUUUAAUAAUGAGAAUACACGUCAUCGACCAUAAAGGUGCGCAUAAAUCAUGAGGAACGGCGUAAUCUCCCUCAAACAACUGGUAUCUGUCUUUUGCCAAAAACGGCAACGAACUAAAGAAAGAGUUGUUUCGCAAACUUUAAGACGUCAUCUUAGAAGAGAAACAACCCAUCCGUAUGGGAAAAUUUCCAUAUCUCCAAAAAUGACUCCUUGUUAUGCGGCUUACGCAUUCGAAACGAACGGCAGCAAAAUAAAUUACCCUUGUUACGUACCUCACACUAGAGAUACGCUUUGGCGAAAUGGUAAUACGCUCGCAUGGGAAGCCUUUGCCCAUUUUGCUUAAAUACCCCGUCAAAAGAUUUUUUUGCUGAUAUAACUGGGGUGGAAAAAAAUCCUUGGACGACCAUGAAGACUGACGAACGGCUUCACCUCGAGACGUCAGCUUUAGAAAAUAGUCUUAGAAACGGCAACCAAGUAGUUACAUUAUCAACUCAGUUGAUAAAAUCAAACUUUCUUAUUAAACUCCCCCCUACCCCACCCCAGCACCACAGUUUCUUAAAGAACUUGCUCGUUUUAUUUGAAAAAGCAAACAAUCAAAUACAUCCCCACACACACACACACACACACACACACACACACACACACACACACACAAAAACAAAUGAACACAAAACUAGACAAAAACCCUUCGGACCGUAAAAAUGGGGCAGGCAAACUCGGACCAAAGUCUCUUUCUGACAACAAAAAUCCAGUAAAAUGAAGGAAGAUGGUUCGAACUCCUAAAGAGCGACCCGUAACUCAGUUGGAAAAGUGUAUACCAACGGAAGAGUUAGAUGAUACUUAGGACGUUUGUGACGUGCGUUAUAUUUUGAUGAACUAAAUGCCAAUUAUUUAAUCGACAAAGCUUCGUAAAGCGUUGAGAAAGAGGACAACUGAGUGUAAUAUGAAAUUAGCGAGGAUGUUGCGAUUUAUUAACUCAAGCCAUGUAACGGCUUCGAGCUCCUUGAGAGGACCGGCAAUAAGAGGCAACAUUGCCCAUUGUUGAAACGAAGAAUCAAACUGAAUCAUUCGACGUUUGUUAAGAGAUCUUAAAGUAUGUUGCGUUUCGAUAACCUUAAUGGAAAUUUUUGUAUCGACCACAGAUUCGCAAAAGCAUUGCAAAAAGAGGACAAAUGAGAACAGCAUGACAUUAUCGAUGUAUAAUCAUCAUCUGACUCAAACCCUGUACGCUUCGAGCUGUUUGAAGACGAUUAUUAACCUGGAGGCAACAUUGCCGACUUGUGAAAUAUAGAAAUAGACUGAAUCAUUUCGAUCAGCUAAAUGCAAACCAUUUUAUUGACCACAGACCCGAAAGAGGACAAUCGGAUUGUAAUGUGACAUUACUAAUGAUGUAAUGAUUCACUAACUCAAACACUGUAAGCUUUGAGCUGUUUGAAGGCAAUCUUCUACUCAGAAGCAAAGAGGCACACUAUCAAAAUGAAGAUUAAAAAGGAUUCUUUAGACAGUUGUAAAGAUAUCUUGAAAAUGUUGAAAUUUCGCUGAGCAGAUUUUUUUCGUGACCACAGAAGAUGCGUUGCGAAAGUGGACAACUAACUGUUAUAUGACUGUCUUAGUCACGCUUCACCAACUCAGCCCGAGUAAACUUCGAGGGCAAUUGAGAACAGUAUGAUAUUAUCGAUGAAUAAUUUUUAACUAACUCAAACCCGGCACGCUUCGAGCUGUUUGAAGACGGUCAUCAACCCAAAUGGCAACAUCUUGUACUGAUAAAACAAAGAAUUAAACUGAGUCCUUUGAAGUUUGUUCAGACGUGUUGAAGAAAAUGGCAUUUCAGUCAACUUAAUGCAACCUAUUUUAUCGACCACAUAUUCGAAAGAGGACGAUCGAGUAUAAUGUGACAUUAUUUAUAAUAUAACGAGUCACCGACUCAAACGCUGUAAGCUUCAAGCUGUUCGAAGACGAUCAGCGACUCGGAAGCAAAGUUUCAUACUGAUAACAUAUACAGUAACAAGGAUUCUUUAGACGGUUGUUAAGAUAUCUUGAAAAUGUUGACAUUUCGCUGAGCCUAGUACGCAUUGUAUCAGCGACUACAUGCAGACACGAAAGGUAUGAAAAGCAUUGCGAAAGAGGACAACUGAGUGUUGUAUUAUUUAGGCGCUAAGAAGUAGAUGACAUUUUCAAGGAUGAACGAAAUGCGAAUCAACAGAAAGUUGCCAGCUAAACAUUAGCAACAACUUGAAUUAUACUACAACGAGUUCUCGAUUUAAUAGGUCUCAUUUUCCUCGAAGUUUUUAAAAAGCUUACUACUCAAGAAAGGAAUACGCUUUCAUUUGCACUAAUAUAAAAUUAAAACUCAAGAAGGCACGGUGGGCUCGAUUAACUACGGAUAUCCUGUUGCAUGACAAAAGGUGCUGUACUAGGCUCGUGUAAUACUAUGUUGAAAUAAACUUCAUGGUGUUUGGCUGAUCAAUAUUCUUCGUGGUAGUUUGUGGCUCGCGUAGCCACGAAAUUAGCUACUGGUUUGGCCAAUCAGCUAGCGGUUUAGGAAAACAAUACAGCUGUGGUCACAAUAGGAAUUCCCGUGAAAUAAAUCGCGUUCGAUCGAUAACUCCUACAAGAUCGUACUCUGGUGCGUCGGCUAACGAGCCAUGUUCUCUUCUGUCAAAUCAAUUUCAUUAGAUCGCUUGCUUGAACGUUGAAUGCGUUCUAAGUAUUUCAAAACAAGGCUUGAUCUGUUGGGAAUGAACUUUUACACAACACAGAGACAAACAGCAUUUAUUUGUCUAUUCCCCGCCAAAAUUACAUUAUGGCGCGAAAUGAGUAAAUUCCGAGUUGAGACAUCGUAUGCGAGAUGGAAGCGAAAACUACAUUCGUAACAAUGUAAUUUCUUCUUAGAAUUUGGAAAAGUUGAAUUUCUCAGCAUGGAAACUGAAUGGAGAAUGGCAAAUUUCGCGAUUUAAAAGACGUUCAAGUCCGGUAAGUUACUUUCAUUGGAUUGUUAUAACACAUAAGAUAAUUUUUAUUAUGAUAGCAUUUGUAUGUGGAAUUUGUUAAACAGAUUUGAUUAAUUCUCCUCGUAAAUACAGCAGUAAUUAGUUGGGUUAAAUUCAGUAGCAUUAUUUGCUUCAACUUAGCAUACAUUCAGUGCAAAAAUCCAAAAUUGUAACGCAAUCGUUGCCUGUAGCAAAACAGGGCGGAAAAGUAAGAUGAUAAGUUUCUCGUGCGUCUACAGGUCAAGUCCUUGCUUGCCUUCUAAUAAGUGUUACGGUGUCAACUGUAAUGUCAUUAUCAAAUUCUUGACAGGAAAGCUUGUCAAAUCUUCUUGCUUUUAAGAACGUUUACGAGCAUAAAAAGGUUGCGAUAUUUUUUUCUUUUUUAUCACGCGGACACGAUUAUUUGCACGUUCACCGGAAAUGAAUUCACAGUCUUUACAAAGGAUAAUGGUCAUUUGAUCGCUUUCUUAGUAUUCGGGCGCUGAUAAAAUGCGCGGCAAAACCGUAGUGGCAAUUUGUGUCAACGAUUUCUGUCAACGAUUUCUGUGGAAUUGUAAGCAAUCAGUUGCGUUUCCAUUGCUGUGUUAACUACAGAGUAUUCGAUAUAUUUCUAAGGUGAAAUAAACUGAAUGUAACUGAUUUUUUUAACCGCAAAAUUACAACAGUGACAAAACUUUACAAAAAGCUUCUACGCGUCUGGCGCUAAUAAAAAUAAUACAACCUCGAAGAAGAAUAAUUUAGUACAGAUAGCAUCCAAUUUAUGGUGAAACAUUACUGCUCUUAAAGCAGAAAUGCCCCAUCUAUUUUUGUCUGUUUUAUUUGUCGUUGACAGAAAUAAAACAGGCAAACCUUAAUUUAGAAAUGACCUGACCUAUAUUCUUUCAUGUCAUUGGUUUGUUGAGGAACUAAGUUGCUGAAGAGUAAGUUUCACAUUACAAACCAAAUCUGAUUGGUGGACACAGUAACUUAUAUCCCAAAGAACUAAUUAAAAAUGUAUUUGAGAUCUGAUUGGUUCAUUCAGGAACUAAGAUACCUAAAAUUUCAAGUACACAUUAAAAUGGUGAAGUACACAUUUAAAUGGGGAGGUGUUGGGUAAAUUUUUGUCUGUCUGUUCAGUUUGUUGGUUAUGUUCAUGUAAGUUAUAGGUUGAUUGUAUGGAACUGGUGAAUGGAUCAGUUUUAAUCCAAGAGUAAAGUUUGAUUCUUAUGUUCAGUUUAACUGAGUAAAUAUAUGAAAAUCAUAUAGUUAUGUGAAUUGUGGAUAAGGAAGUGAAUAUGAAAGCAAUCUUUGCUGUAAUGAUCACCACUUGAGCAGUAGUGAAAAUUAUAUCAACAGUCAUUUAAUCAUCACUUCAUGGGUUUAUUUGCCACCAACAUAAUGACCAGCUCAAUUGGUAAUAUCCUGUGCUGACUGUACCUCAUAGGAUGAUGAUAAUGAUGAUAACAUGCAUUAUCUUCAAAUGAUAAUUGUGGAUUGCAUAGCAGGAGUCAUUUCUCCAAUACUUGGAGGCCAGCAAAUUCAAGGUAUGUAGAUUUUAGAAAACUGAAUUAAUAUCAGUGCUAAUCCAUUUUAAUUUUUCUUUUAAAACUACAUUUCAGUCUUACCAAGUGAAUAACUUACUUCCUAGAUUCAAUAGUCCAUUUUACAGUUGCAUUUGGUUACCAAGCCUUUAAACAGUAGCAAGGCUAAGGUUGACCUAGUUGUGAUACAAACCUUGCUGCUCUUCAAAUGUAAAUUACUUUCAUUGUUAUCAUGCUAACUAGAUUCUGACUUCCAUCACAACAUGGUCAACUUCAGCCUCACUCCUAAUCAAAGGCUUGGCAACUAAGUACACAACUGUAAAUUGGCCUGUUGCAUUUCCCCUAAUUUUCAUUUUGUUGUGAAUUAUUCAAAAUUGGUGUUUUAUCAACAUGACACACUCCCACUAGUAAGUGCAAUUUUGGUCUCAUCUUCUGUAGCUAUAUGAUACCAUAGAAUCCCUAAGAAACGCACAGUUUUAUCACUGCUGAGAGUUUACCCUUUAACUCCUUCAUGACUGACCAAGAAAUAAUUUUUCCUUAUUACAUCAAUACAAUAUCAAGCAGGCAAGUGAUGAGAAUAGAGAAAAAUAUCAAUGAGGGGAUUGUAACUUGAUCCAAUUCCAAAUUCUCCAAACUACACAUUGCAACAUCAUAGGGGUAGAAUGGCAAGGAGUAAGGAGAAUUACUUGUGAGAUUUUAGGAUUAAAAGGGUUAACUCUUUAACCCCUCAAAGUGACUAGCAUCUAAUUUCUCCUUUCAGUAUCUCCCCUGAAUCAAACAUUGGAUUCAUGAGAAUAAUGGAGAUGAUCAAUAACUACAAAAGCUCUGGAUUGUUAAGCUAAUUCUCUUUUUCCGCACCUUAGGAAAUGUAGAGAGAACAGUAUGGAGAAUAUGCAUACUGAUGUUGGGGUGUAAAGGGUUAAGGUUUUCAUUAUUGGAAUACUGCAUUUUGUGAAAUUAGGGAAAAAAUCUACGAAUCUUUAGCAUCUUGAAUGUACCAUUAAAUGUCUGUGAUAAACAAUGUGAUUGACGAGUUAUUAAAUGCUGAUGAUUUUCUUGCAAUUUUUUUCUCUUUGCUUCAGGCCAUUCAUUGAUGGUGAGCCUCACAAGAAUUUUAAAGUCAUUAGCUGUUGCACAUUCAGUUACAGUGGUGGUACGUAAAAUAAACAUUAGCUGCCAUUACUGAAUACUGUGAAAAGGAACUUCUGAUCAUUUCUUUCUAUUUCUCUUCUUUCUUCAUCCAUGGAACAUUUUUGUUUUCCGAAAUUGCAGUAUGAUGAGCAGCACAUUUGAUAGCCAAUUUGUUUUCAAUGAUAAAUUUAGAUCACCAAUAACCUUGUAUCAGAUUCAUCCAAGUCAUCAUUUUGUACCAAACCAGCCCUUGGACCAACCUGGGCUCAUAUUCCAAACACCAGGAUUCUCAUUCAAAAGAAUCUUAUGUCAGAGGCGAACAGUAUCGUAAAAGAAAAGAUUAUGGCCACUUUAAUCAAGUCAUCCAAACAGGUAGAUAACAGUUGUAUUUUUUUGAUAACUAAAUGUUUUUUGUACUCCCCUUCCUCUAAUUCUACAUAA